AUGGAUCUUGAUGCUUCAAAUUAUGUCAACGAUGUAAGUGUUUUUUAUUUCAAACUUCCGCCUUACAGGUUUGCCAUACACGUCUUCAUUUGUUUUUUCUUUCAAUGUCGUUUUAAGUUUCUUUCUCACGAACGUUCCCUAAUACAACCGGAUUAAUUGUGACCAAAGUCUGUUUAGUGACGCUGCGCCGUGUAGCCGUAAUGACCUGUUUUAAAUAAGCCCCACAAUGGGCUAUUAUGAAUUCUUGCUGCCGCGUGAACCAAUUGGUCGAGCUUUAAGUUUAAUUCCCUCGAUAAAGUCCUUGGUUUUAGCUGGUCUCGUGCUUAAUUCAUGAGUACCCAUACGUAUGUUGUAGAAAAGAUUCAUGGACAGAAUCUAUUAAGACUUUUGGGGCUCUGUAUCGACAGAUUUACCAACUUUGCAGGUGGUACGAUUGUCGUGACAUCUUCGCCGAGAGAGUUGAGACCGAUCCGGUCGUUGGUAGUGCUGUCCUGCUUCCCAUCCCCAAGAGGGGAGUUCAAAAGAAAUGCCGUCGUUGCAGAGAAACUAUCCCAGAUAACGUUGCUGCGAGGAUCUUUAUGACCAUUCUUCAAAAGAACUCGACUAAUUGUCUCGCGAUUUCUUUGUAACCUUUUAUUCAACCGCCGAUAUGUCCGUGAAAUCCCUUCAACCACCCUGCAUAAUACCACUUCACACGAAAAAAUGUCCAGGCGUACGGGGAAGAGAACGAGUACUUCACUAAUACAGGCGUCCAACAUGGUUGCGUUCUCUCACUGUUCCUCCGUGGCAUUCUUCGAGGACACACGGGUAGCGCAAAGCCUCUGGGGUCCUGCCGAUGUUUAUAACAUCAAUCUACCAGGGACUUCGCUCGAGAAGAUGGAAUUCGCCCUUUAUCAAAUGGUUUUUGCCUCCUGCAAGUCCGGCAUACGAGAAAAACUGAAGUAUAGCUCGUUGACUUCACAUCAGAAGAAGUUCCCCUUUUCCUCAUAGCUGUCCUAGGACUGGUGAAAUUCAACUGUCCUGUCUGUCUCAGGCUUCGUCUGCUGCCAAUUGCCAUGAGGACGCAAGCCGCCGCACACAGCUUACUUACCACAUGCCUGCUAGGUUCUGGGAAUGCCUGUUAUUUGACUGUUCGGUUCAACUAGAACCAGAAAAAUUAAGGCAAAAAUCAAAGCCAUCCUGUUCUAUUGUCUCAGAAACUAAUUCCGACGCCAUCAUGACCUUAGGGAAGAUUGGAUUUUACGAUUUCACCUACAGAGCAAUCAGUACAUGUUUUAGUCUCAGUGACGUCUACAAACCUGAUGAGCGACUGCUUAUCUUUGCAGACCGGUACCAUCUCUGUCGAACGACCAGAGUACUUCACUGCUCCUAAAGUCUCCUUAUCUGGUACACCAUGUACGGGACCUCAUCUCGUCUAAUAGGCAAAAUCCUGAUGAAUUCAUAUUUCCGAUAGUUGCCGGACGUAGGUUAGUGCGGCGUUUUUAAAUGGGUGAAGUCAAGAGAUCUGAUAGCAUCCUCACCCAUUUACGCCGCGGUAUCUAUUUUGUUGCUGUCCUGAAGUGCUGAAUACUAAAAGUCUUGACUCAGAACCUGUAGGAACUAUAGGUUUUUGAAGUGUUAGCAGUCAAAGCUAACAAUUGCUUUGCAUCGGGACGCGCACAACAGAACACCAACGCGUGUGUAGCGUUAAAAUCAGCUGUCCACGGUGUCACUAAGGAAGCAGCCCGCUUCCCCUAAAGAUGUUGUAGUUGGUGCCUGUACGUCAGCAAUAAAUUUUUCGGUCAUCAAUGUCAAGGCCACACCGCGUGAUGCCAGUCCUUACUAACACUUUCAACAACUGCCAAUACACAGAGCUGUUGAUCCAAAAUCUCCGUCUCCGUGGAACAUGUCAAAAUCGUCACCGACAUGAUCAUGCUAUCUUGAUUGUAAACUCGAUUGAAGGGACAUAUCCAUUCUUGGUGAACGCGUCCAUAAACAUACGAGUCGCCUUUGAGUGCUCUACAAAGCUGGGCUGUUAGUCUGAAGGCCUCAACAGACUCGCUCUUUCUCAAGGGCCUUCUCGUUUCAGGGGACUCCUUUUGCCUCAUUCUGCAGGCUCUACGUUCUGCGCGGGUUGCCGGCGCCUGACGAAAGUGCAUUGACUUUACCCUACCGUUCUGGACUCUGGGUAAUAAAAAGAUGUGAGGACUUGCCUACCAGUUCGGUCAUCCGGUGGAGGGCCUAUAACCAGUCGACCCCAGCCUAAGGCCAGCCAUGCCAACUAUCCUAGAUUCCUUAAUGGACAAAAUAUCCGAUAGACCGCUUCGGUGGUUUUGAGGUGUCGAGCUGCCACCAGGCUGCAGGCUGACGUGGACUACACCUACAGAGUUAUAAUGGCCUAAAUAAGAGCGCCAUAAACGCAGACCAAGUUACUAAGUCCGUUUGCCUAGUUAAAACUAUCGCAAAGGUUAAGAGCUUCUAUAAUCACAUUUUUGGGUAAGAUAAAUUACUUCCGCUUCUUGGUUAUUUGAAAUCCAAGAGGUGAAGCACCUAACCGACAUUAGGGUCACCUGUUGGUCUAGGACUGAGAAUGGAAUUGCAUUUUCCUUUCGGAUAGCUACAGCCUGCCGAGCCGUAUGCAGUCCCCCAUUAGUCAUGAUGUCGAAAUCCUUCUCAUGAAUCUGCAAUUUUACGAGUACCAGACAUUGUAGGCUGAAACUGAAGGAAAGUUUGGAGAGUUCUAUUGUCACCGUAUGCAGAAAUUUCCCACAUAUGUGUAAAUCGGUUUUAUGUCGAACAAAGCACUUCAUUCCAACUGCGAUGAUCCACAGAGACACGUGUAUCGCUUGUUAAUGGGAAUCCAAGUAGUCUGGACGCACAUCGCGAUGGAAAUCGAAUGGCUCCGCCUCUGCAUUAUUGACAAGAAAGGCGUAACCGAAGGUGUAUUUUGCUGCUGACCGCCAUGAAUCUGAGGAUGUACUCGGGCAAACGGUUUGGGAGGUCCAACUUAGGAAGUGAAGUGUGUGCAUUACUGGGCUUUGGUCUUCACCGCAGGCAUCCUUACGUAUGGGUCGACCAGUAAUGGCUGCGACUGCCAUAGCUCGACGGUUGAUGGCAGUCCAGGGAGUCUUACGCACAUUAAGACAGUUCCGAGGCUUUUGGAAAGUUCCGAACGCGUAUCGUAUGUUCUUGCGUCUGCCAUUAAAUUUUGUACUAAUGCCUGUGGGCCAUGACCAAGAUCUCGCUUCCACUGAGAAUUCCUGUUUUUUCGAUAAGCAGAAUAGGAGGGGGCUUCUCGAUCGAUCAGAUGAGGUGUAUGACAAAAUUUAAGAAUAUGAACUCUUUCUCGCAUAUUCCAACUGGCCAUCAGAGGACCUCAAGUUUUUCGUUUGGUUUAUGUUCUGUUAUAUUUCGCGGAUGCCGACCGUAUGCCACUUUUCGUUUGUCCCGCUCAAACUUGUAGCGGAAGUAAGCAAAAAGUUACGAGUAGCACCGUUUCAACUGACGGACAGAAUGAUGCAACACCUGUUAGUCUUCCGAACGCUGACGAUGUUCGUAUGCAUAACCUUGAGACAUUAACCCAACAACAACAACGUGUUCACCCAUACUGUCUUCGUAACAGAGACGCCUGAACUUUGCCCCAUACAAACUCUUCCUAUCGAUUUUUGACAUCUCGAUUCUGCCAUUUGUUGGCCAGGGUGGAUGUCAUGCUAACAUAAGCCCCAGGCUAAAUUCCACCUUACCUACUACUUUUCUAUUUCUCUUUUCAGUCCCAGUACGUCAAUUGUAAGAUGAAUAAAGCCCUGUUAUAGGGUAUUCUCGUUCUGACUCUUACAGCCAUAUUCGUUCGUCCUCUCCAUCUCGUGUGCUUGCUACAGUCCUAACUACUACAGACCCCGACUGGCGUGCUUUGGGCAUCUCAACACGCUCUACAAUAUGAAGUCUGCCGUUUUUCGCCAUGAUGUCGUCUAAAAUGGUGCGUGAAGCGGGCUAAAUUACCUUUAUCACAGAUAGGAUGUAGUUAGGAGCCAAUUCAGAUUCAGUCAACUUAUUGUGAAGUUUAGGGGCCGGGAGUUAUCGACUCUCCAUCUUGUCUGAAAAGUUCAGCGUUAUGAGAGCGCACACUCAAUUCUCUGUUUUCAAACGGACGGUGGUCUGGCAAUCAGAAUGUAAUUAUUUUGACGCCUUGCCAACGUUCCACCAACUGCGUCUUUUCACCAAGUCUCCCCUCCUUCAUUUAUUUGCGGAUGAACUGAUCGAGAGGAAAAUCAGAGUGAGUCUUUAAAGGCUAUUCUAUUGACAUGGACUUCAGAUUGGAUUUCACACAGUAUGUUGUGCUGCUGCCUGCGAACCCCUCAACUUGUUAGCUUAGAAAGGGUUGGCGGAACCGGCUAAUCGUCGUCCUACCAGUGUCAGUUCCCCCUGUCAAAAGUCGCUGCGAGUACUCUCCAGUUUUGUCUUGUUUAUGUUUUUUCUUGGGAAAGAGCAAUCGAUGAACUGGCGAACUAAACAGCUGUCCAUCGAAUAGGGCAUGGGGAACUCGUUCUUCGAACUUGAUGCGUCUGUACCCCAUUUUUUCCUCAUUGAUUUGCUUUUGAGUCGCUGUUUGUGUGAAAGCGAGCUACUGGCAUUCCUAAUAGUGUUUUAAAUGCCAAUACUUUUACAAUUUUCAACAAAUUUUUAGAGUUCAAUCGAAAUGUCAUGGGCAAUUGCUGCAUAUGACCAUGCAGAGACACACUUCAGCCUCCUUUGCGUCGUUCCUGACUGCCGCCAACUGAGGUUGUCAUCGAACGAUGAUCUCAUCUACAAGAAAUUCCGUCAGGCAUUUCCAGAUCUGGAAGUUGAAAAUUUGUCCGAGGAAAUGCUUAAAUCCCCAGAACAGAAAGAGGCAAGUCGAAUUGUCGAAUUAUAACAACACCAAGCACUGCUAUUACAUGAGUUUUGUUUUUCAUCGAUUUUGUGUCUCGGUCAGGUUUCCACCAGUUUCUGGCCGCUUUAAACUCUCCCGUAACCUUCGUACCCUGGAGAAUACUUCAAAAUCAGCGACCUCUGUCAAAAAUGUGUAUAUAUAAAGCACCACUCGUUCGAUAGGUCGCCGCCGUAUCUGUCAUUAUCUCCCCUACCAGUUCGCAAAUCUAGUUGGCUUUCACGUCGUUUACUGGGUAACUCACGUGCCGUAAAUGUCUGGAUAACCUGUUUGCUGGACGCAUUUUUUCCAAACUAAGCUAAUUUCAUCCCUCCCAACAAGACUAAAUCCGUUCGAAUAUUUGGAUGACAAGCUCAUAACAGUAAUCAUUGAUUAAAAGCUCUUGGGACACAGCACGUACUGAAAUCCAAACGACUGCCCUUCCUUCUAACCUACGCGCCCUUAUAUAUCCUGUUUGUCUGUACGGACCUUGAAUCUCAUUACCAGUAACAACGUAGAUUGUUCCUAACAGACGUCGUGCUGUUAGUUCAUGGUACUUCGGGGUUGGAGCGAUUUCAAUAAUACCUGCUAUUUCUGAUGGUUGUGGGGCAUACAACAUGCUAUAACGGGAGGUAAUACUGACAUGGCUUCUCAUACUGUUAACGGUUUUAUCUGGACUGAUAGCUCCUCGUUGACUCUGAAGUCAUCUGGCCUUAAUUCUAUGGCUAGCCGGCGUCCCGAUUUCAUAGGUUCGUUUGCUCAUUGCAAAUUAGCCACCUAACGCGCCUCUUACUGUCACGAUUUUGUUCACUUUUUCCCGGUAGCGUCAGCGAAAGGAACCAUUGAGAGACGGAAUCAUAUUUUCAAUUUUCUCUCCAGCUACCGGUCUACGGCUUAUCGCUUGGUGGUAGUUUUCGGCCUUUUAGAAUCGAGCUGAAGCCGCCUGUCGGUCGGAUUGCCGUUGAAGCCAACUGCUUUUACCUCUGGAAUCCAUGUUAAUUCCCAUGGGCACAUUCGGGCUCACUUGAGGGCUAAGUGGAUUCUAGCAUUGCAUAUUGCCUAACCUUCAUUCUCACACACUGCAAGGGUCCUUAGGGCGAAUAGCUGUCGCGCCUGCUAGUGGCCGACGUACAUUUCUCCUGUUUGCUCAAGUCUUCCGACCAGGAAAUCCGUCUUGUACUUCGCCAUGUUUUCACCUUGUUCUCGUCUUUAUCGGGGUCUGUUUUCGUUUGUAGAGACUAAUUUAGCCGCGCAUAGCCAUAAGCAGCACGUGGUUGAAAUGUAUUGCCUACAAAGGCGAAGGAGGCUGGAAUGGUCACCUCAGGCUUAUCUACUGUCAUUAGCCACACUGGGAAGAUUUAAUGCUUGGGCCGGAGUUAACCCUGUCAUUGCCCUUGAAAUUCAACCACGGACUAACACUGUUGACUGCGGUUUGGCUAGAUCGCGGAAAGGUGUGCGGCAGUUUGGUUUUGCCUGGUAGCUCCGGGCGAGAACCAUUAUUUCUCCAAGUCAUGUUUUUGAAUCAUCGCUUGUCUACUGCUCUGCGACCGCCUGUGAGGGCCUCAGAGCGCAAAACAGAACGCUCGUAUUCCGUCCUGCGGUUGUUCUAGCAUGGGAACGCUACUUCCACAUGAACCGACGGCGACUCAUCUCUCCAUCAAGCCGGUGAGCACUUCUCUCCCUCUCCAUCUCCCUCUCUCUCUCUCUCUCUCUCUCUCUCUCUCUCUCACUCUCACUCUCUCUCUCUCUCUCUCCAGUUUGCAAUUUUGACCAAAGUGUACGUACAACUUGUGAGGGAUUCUGAGUUUCCGUUUUUUCACAAAAGGUCCGGAUUCAUGAAAGCAGAGCAUGUUGACGGAGGUGAUGGCUUGAUAUCUAGGAUGUAAAUGCAUUUUACAGAGUCCUUUGCGCGCCGGUCUUUUUUAAGCGUAAUUUACCACCCAAGGCAACACUUGCUGUCCAAGUUUGAUUUCAUUAAUUGUCAAAAAGGACCCGUGCAAAGCGCAGCUGAAUUUUUGGGUCUUGUCGCUACGUCAUUUUUUGUUUUUAUCUUUUAGCUUUGGCGCCCAUUCUGCAUGGAAUUUGAGGGUGUUAUUGAGGAUUUCAAUCAAGGUACCCUCCUUCGAUUAGAUGCAAACAAGGGCUACGAUGAAGCCAACACCUGUGUCGUCCCCAGGAUCCAGUUCCUUGCCAUUGAGAUCGCUCGAAAUCGGCAGGGCUUGAAUGAUCGUGUGAAGAAGACGGCAGUAGGCUCCUAG